AUGAUUUUUGAAAAUGAUGAUGAUAUUGAUAUACUAGUUGAAGAUCUUAUAGUUAAGACUAGUUCAGAAGUUCGUGAAUUAAUAAGCAAUAUUGAAGAAUAUACUAACCUAAUCAAUCAACUAGCUAUAACUGAGGAUGCAUUAAUGGAUAUAAGUAUCAUUGAAAUGAUGAAUUAUGAGUUCGAUGAAGAAGCUGAAGAAACUAAAGACAAUGAUGAAGAAGAUCUUUCUCCUCCUCCUCCAAUAACUAUUGCCGAAGCUACAGAAGCAUUAGAAAAAGUUAUUAGAUAUCAAGAAAGUCUUGAAAUCGAAAAGGUGUUCAAAGAGAAUGAACUAAUGAUGCUAAGAAAAAAACUUAAAGAAUGGCAUUAUGAAAAGACUAAAAAUAAGAAGCAACUUUCAAUAUUGUCCUUUUUUGGUCUUUAA